UUCGAGUCUUUGACCCUUUCUUACAAAACAUUCACUAGCCAAUAAUUAAAUGUUUGUAUGUACAUUAGUUGGCUAUAUAUAUGUCUGAAUAGUUUGAACCUGGUUUACAUGUUCACAUGUUGUAGCGUGUACGUAUAUUAUUCCUUCCCAAUUUUUCUAGUGGGUUAAGAAUAUGAGAAAUGGAUAUCCCUUGGAAAUAGAAUCAAAGAUGUCUUGCGAGUCUUUAUUAAUCAAUGGGGAUGACUGACAAUUCUUUUUGAUUAUUGUAAUAAAUUUCAUAUUAUAUCAAAGAUCAUACGAGUGUUUAUUAACUAAUCACCAAGGCCGGCUACCAAUAACAACUAGUAAUUAUUAAAAUGGUGUCCAGGGAGAUUAAAUUUGUGUUUGACUAUAAAUUUGAAGUCGAAAUGUCUUAAUUAUGCAUUGCAGAAACAAAGAGAACAAAAAAAAUGGGACCAAAGGGUUGGUUUAUCCUCAAGCUUUUGAUGUUUCAAGGUCUUUUCAUUUCACAUUCCCAAGAACAAGAAGACUUUGAUUUCUUCUACUUAGUUCUUCAGUGGCCAGGAGCUUAUUGUGAUACAAAACGUAGUUGUUGCUAUCCAACAUCAGGUAAGCCUGCGGCAGAUUUUGGCAUCCACGGUCUUUGGCCUAAUUACAAAGAUGGUACAUAUCCAUCAAACUGCAAUCCCGACAGUGAAUUUGAUAAAUCUCAGAUAACGGACCUGGUAAGCAGUUUGAAAAAGACGUGGCCAACACUAGCCUGUCCGAGCAACGAAGGGUUCAAGUUUUGGAAGCACGAGUGGGAAAAACACGGUACAUGUUCUGAGUCAGUAAUGGACCAACAUGAGUACUUCGAAAAUUCUCUUAAACUCAGAGACAGAGCCAAUCUCCUUCAAGCCCUCACAAACUCCGGAAUCAAACCAGAUGAUAGAUUCUAUGAUCUUGAAAAGAUCAGAAAGGCGAUAAAAGAUGAGAUUGGGUUUACUCCAGGGAUUGAAUGCAACAAAGAUCCCGAACGUAACGACCAACUUCACCAAAUUUACAUUUGCGUCGAUACAUCAGGAACUGAGUUUAUCAAAUGUCCGAUUUUGCCUAGAGAAAGAUGUCCGUCUCGACUCCAGUUUGCGAAGUUUUAAUUAUAUCUUUCUUUCAGCGUGGCGAUCAUAAUUAUAUCUCAUGUUUUGGAAUAUUUUCUAAUCAUUUUAUCUUCUCCUUCCAGAGUCCAAAUUCAUGGGGACUCUAAAAUGUAAUGUGUUUUAUGUUACUUUAUCAAAAAUUGAAUAUGA